CUAAAAUUUACAGGUGUACAUUAGUUAAUUCUGAGCAACAAGACAUUACUUUUGUAGUUCUUCCUAUAGCCAUGUAAAGAGCGCAAGAGACUUUGUUUUUCUGAAAGGAAGGUGGGGAUGUAGAUGUAGAGCAUUUGCGUAUAAAAUGUGGCCAUCAAAAUUUGAAUAGACAAUUACAUCAUAUACAGUAAAAGUGUAAGGCUCAUUAAUGAAACCACCUUCGCAAAAAGGUCUCAGACGUCAGGAGGCUGCGUGCACGUCCGUGAGCUAAAUGUAAAUCGCUGCAUUCUCUCUGACGUCACCGCCCUCUGAUCACCCGAAAUCCCAGAUAACGCGGUGCGCGCUCCCGCUCGACUCUGAAUGGGGACUCGGUCCGGCUUGUGACAGCUCCUCCGGUAGUAUAACCGUAGACGCCGCGGUCCACUCGUCCAGUCAGGUCCGCUGCUUCCAGACCCGCCAGUAGUCAACGGCGCUGCUCCUCCGGUACUACACGUUGAUUCAGCUAGUCUGGUGGCGCACGGACAGUCCAACUAGUUCGGUCAGUGUACUGACUCUUCUCUUCUCAGCCCGGCAAGUUAGUGUACCGACGGGCGGAGCUGUCUCUCUCCAGGAAUGAGAAAUGAUGGCCGGCUCUGCAGCAGAGGAGAAAACCUUCCGACGGUUCCUGGAGCUCUUUCUUCGGGAGAUGAGAAUGCCUCUGCAGGAGAGCGACCCGCUGCCGAAUCGCCCCUUGUCGGACCUGGUGUCUGAGGACGAGGUGGAAGGGGAAUGCCUCGACCUGUGUCUCCAACACCUCUACAAAUAUAACUGCCCAUGCUCCCUGGCUGCAGCCCUGGCCAGAGCCACAGCUGACAGCAUCCUACAGACUGACCUCUCCAUCCACCACCUCAAUAAGACUGUGGAAGAUGGAGCUGACCCACUACCACAAAUCGAGUCUGUGAAGCUGGCCCGGCUAGUGUUUAAUAGACUGUUUGAGAUGUGCUGCCUUUGGCUGAAGGAGCUGCCCUUCCGCCGCCGUCCACAGCCAUACUAUGAAACUUCCAUCCACGCCAUCAAGAACAUGAGGCGCAAGAUGGAGGACAAACAUGUCAUCAUCCCUGACUUCAACACUCUCUUCAAUGUUCAGGAUCAGGAAGAACAGGCUUUCUUCGCUGUGUUUGAUGGUCAUGGCGGUGUGGAUGCUGCCAUUUAUGCUGCCAAUCACCUCCACGUCAACUUAGUUCAUCAGGAAUCCUUCAGCCAGGACCCCAGUGAGGCGCUCUGCAGAGCCUUCAAACUCACUGAUGAACGCUUUGUGAAGAAGGCCUCACGAGAGCACCUGCGUUGUGGUACAACAGGCGUGGUGACGUUCCUGCGGGGCCAAACAUUGCACGUGGCCUGGCUGGGAGACUCUCAGGUCAUCCUGGUCAGGAGAGGACAGGUUGUGGAGCUGAUGAAACCACAUAAACCAGACAGAGAGGAUGAGAAGCAGAGGAUCGAGGCUCUGGGAGGCUGUGUGAUCUGGUUCGGCACAUGGAGGGUUAAUGGCAGUCUGUCUGUAUCCAGAGCAAUAGGGGACUCAGAGCACAAACCCUACAUCUGUGGUGAUGCAGACCAUAGUAUCUUCCCACUGGAUGGUUCAGAAGACUACCUGAUUCUGGCCUGUGAUGGCUUCUGGGACACAGUGAGUCCAGAUGAGGCAGUGCGGGUGGUCAGCGACCACCUCCAGGAGAACGCUGGAGACACCACCAUGGUAGCCCACAAGCUGGUGGCCUCUGCCCGGGAUGCGGGCUCCAGUGAUAAUAUCACUGUCAUAGUGGUCUUCUUGCGGGACCCACGCUCCCCGCCACCCACCAGCACCGAGGACGAGGAGGAGGGUGUGUUGGAGGGAGAGGUCGAGGAGGAGGAGGUAGCAGAUGUGGAGGAUGAGGAACAGGAAGAGGAGGAGGAGGAAGACGAGGCAGUCAGGGUAGAGCGCGAUGGUGAUGAGGGAGGCAGCACUGCGGACAUCGGGGGGAAGGGUCGCGGAGGCUGGCCCCUGCAACAGUGCUCGGCCCCUGCUGAUCUUGGCUAUGAAGACCGAACUGACUCGUUCACGGACAGAACUAGCCUCAGCCUGCUGGGGCCAUCGCUGGAGGGCCGCAUCUCCCUGACCCAGGGCUCACAGCAGCCCUGCUCCGACUUUAGCCCUGACCUCUUCACAGCCUCCCACAUCUACCGAGAAGAACGCCCACUGAGGCGCAGGUCCUGUAUCCCAUUUCAGGAGCCCAGCAUCUCUAGCUUCACGGACCCACUCUGGCCCCAGACAACCAUGCUGCUGGGCCAGGCAGUGAGGCGAAGCCGCAGGCUUGGUUCUGGCAGUCGCCUAUGGGGCCGGAGGUGGCCAGGCAGAUCCAGGGAGCUUCUAGGCCUGUUACCAUCUGGCCACUUGCUGCCCUACAGGCAGCGCUACUCCAACUGGCAGCCUGGAGUGGCAGUGCCUCGACUGCCCCACGAUACCACCAUCUGAAGAGGUGACCCAAACCAAACCGCCUCCUUCAUUUAUUCAGUCCUGCUCCCUUCCCCUCAGCCCACCCACCCACCUCUGCCUUCAACAACACAUCUUUCUUUGAUAGUAGGUAGUUGUGGCUCCUGCAGUUGUUAUGUGAUUAUUGAGUCUCUGUUGGAGGCUUGGUGCUCUCUGUCCUAAGCCAAAAUUUUCCAAACGUAAGCUGGCCCACUGAGCACUAGCCCUGCUCCUUAAUACUGUAGGUACAGCGCAAAACAAUAUUCUCUAUUGUGACCACUGAUCAGUCAAUAUGAAGUCAGAACUGGAAACGCAGGUUAAUAAAAUGUGUUCAGACUGAAUGUGAAAUGAAUCAUAGGGGCUGCACCAUUGCCUACAAAGUCUGUGAAAAGACUGUAAAGGACAAAAACAGACAGUUUACUGUGCGCAUUGCAAAAUGUUGCGCUUUCUCUCUACUUCUUGAAUGAGGAUGAAUGAGAAGGUUUAGAGAUAAUUAAGACAGAACUGGAGUUUCAGCUAAAUUUUAAAAUCAAUCACCUGGACUCUGAGCUGUCAUGUGAAACGUACUUUCAGUACGUGUUGUUACCUAGCUGGAGCUUAAGUCCAUCUUGUAACAAUAGCUCCUCCGUACUAAGUUAGGCAAAGAUUUACUUGCAUUCAGUCUGAACACUACUUAAAUUUUAAUUUAUAUGCUUGGUCGCUCCACACUCUUGGCAGUGUCUUUAGACAGAAUUUAUGUAUUUUGGAGAGGAAAAAAAAGCAUUGUAGAAGAAAAGUGUUGCUCUUGGGUACAUGCAGCUUGCAUUAAGUUUGCAGAAGAAGUAAGAAUAUAAACUACAUGGCCAAAACUAUGUGAAGACCUGAACUUUACACCCAUAUGAUGGCUGAACAUGCCACUCCAAGAGGAAUUAAUGAGCUGUUAAAACACCCUCCACUCUUCUUUGAAGGGUUUCUUCAAGAUUUUGGAACCUGGCUGCAGGCAUUUGCUCCAAUUCAGACACAACAGCAUUAGCGAGGUCGAAAACUGAUGUUAGGUGAAACUAGAGCUGACCGAUAGUGGAAUUUUUAGGAUAGAACUGAUAUCAAUAUUUUAUAAGAUUUAAAAAAACAAAACAAUAAUGAUAUAUCCUGCAUUUUUUAAAAAUAUACUUUAAACGCAAUACUUAAACAGUUUUUGAUAAAGUUCUUUAAAUUUGGUUAUUAAAGAAUUAAUUUUACAGUUGAAAAAUAAACUUGUCAGUAAUCCUAGGUGGACAAACUAUGUAACAGAGACACUUUUUCUAACGACCUCAAAAAAUAUUUUUGGUGCUCUGUACGGUGUUUUCGUUACUUACCGGACAGUGUAUAAUCCACUGCAACAGAUAUGUCUGCUAAGCUAAUAUGAACCAAAAAUCCUGGCCAUGCCAUUGAAUCGGUCAUGCUAUAGUUCAAAAAGGAAUGAGCCUUCCACAAACUGUUCCCACAAAGUUGAAAGGACACUCUUGUCUAAAGUAUCAUUGUAGCUGUACAGUAGCAUAAAGUUUUCCCUUCAUUGGAACCAAAGGGCCUUGACCAAACCUUCAGAAACACUUUGAGUACACAGAAUACUUUUGUGUAUUACACCAUACACAUUAUUUCUGUAUUUGUCUUUGCAUCCAAGAAAAAAGACAGCUUUUUAGCCAUACCAGCAAAGUGAAAGAGGUUGACUGUGUCAUCACUCUGCUUCAUUAUUUCUCUUUCCAUCGAUUUCAUGUCGCCCAGGUAUAAAUGCAGGGUGAGGUGACACAUAUCAUCCGUUCAUCUUUUGUCUUAAGACAGCUGUCGAGAAUGUCAAGCGACUGAGCAUUAUAUUAAGCUCUUCUGGCCCAGUUUGCCGCUUUGUCCUCUCAGCAAUGCUUUGGAAAAGUUCAUAGAGGAGGCUGGAACAGUUGUUGCUCCUGGAUUCUGGGACUGAAGGCACAUGAUGUUCUGCCCCAUCCCAUAAAGUCAGUGACCCAGCCAUUAUCCAGCCACAAUUUGUCUACAGAUAAAAGCACUUAACAGCGGAUUAUAAAAGAUUACCAGUCACUUACCUGAAUACAUGCUUCAUGUAGUCCAGUACCCCGGAUGGGGAUAUACUCUUGGGAUAAUGGGGUUUUUGGGGAGGGGAGGGGGAUUUAAAAAUAUAUUUUUGCUAUAGUCGCUUUUGGGCCAUAUAAUUAUUGCAAGUAUUUCAAAUAUUUACCUUUACACAAACCCCACUGAACAGAAGUAUUUUCCGGCAAGCUUGAUAAUUGCACAACCGUUUAAUGUUGGGCCAGGAUAGUUGAAAGCUACAGAACACGUGCCUUCCAUGUGUGUUACUAAAGCCUACUUGCUUUACACAUAUAUUCACUAUUUAUUAAAUUUAUGUGUUAAUAUCAACAUUAAGGAUCAGUCUAGCUUGUGCUUUCAAAGGAAUAGUUUGACACUUUGGGAAUAUACGCUUAUUCACUUUCUUGAUGAUUUAUGCUAUGCUAAGCCAAUCAUCUGCUGGCUGUAGCUUCUUAUUUAGCGUACAAACAUGAGAGCGGUAAUAAUCUUCUCAUCAAGAAAAUGAAUAAGCGUAUUUCCUAAAAUAUAAUUUAGGAUUCAUAGUCCUUCGAAUAACAUGAAGAGAAUCUGCCCUUGGUUGCCUCAAUAUUAAUCCCUUUCUGAUAAGGCUAAUAGCACCCAUACCUACUUGGUGAGACUGGUCUAUGGAAAGACUUCUGUCACUUUGCCUUAAAUGUGUUAACUUUCUAUCAUAUACACACUAUAGCAUACUCUAACUGUAUCUAACCAUGCUCAGUAACUGUCAACUAACUAUCCCACACAUUUAUAAUGAAAACAACUAGGAAAAUCAUAAGUAAACCCUGAGCCACAUUAAGUUGAUAAAUCUGAUUGUCGGUCACUGUGAAAGUACUAAAAAUGUCCCUGUUCCCAGAAACAUACUUACACUCCUCACUAAAUUUUUAAUUUGUUGAUGGAGCAACUGAGUUCGCUAAGCCCCACCCCCCUUAGUUGCUGUUGCUUCACCUGUCUGGCUUUCUGUUCUCGCGUAGCACUUAACACUGGUUACAAUAAGAGUGGUUGAUUUACCACUCCGAAUCCAUCGUAAUUUUUGAAAAAAUUGAUCCUCGAUUUCACACAAAGCGGCCUCUCAUUUCUGGCCAGCAAACAUUGAUUUUCACGGCUGAAAGGACAACUGUUGUUAGCAGAUUUUUAUCGUAUAUGGUUGAUGUGAGUUGGAUGCAGACACAUUUUGAAACGCGAAUGCAUUUAAAGAGUCUUAAAUAUUCCUCAUGAUUCUCAUUCUAAAAGACUGAGGCUAAAGCUACAAGUCCAAAGCAAGUAAAGAAGUAGCAUUGUUUUUGCACUGAUGGUAGAGCGAGCCACAGUGUUACAUAUUUCACAGUAUGACAAUGGAAAAUGGAAAAUCAGAAAAUUUUUCCCUCUGACACAACCGUGUUUGGGUGCUUAGCUUAUGGAAAAACAUACGUUCGGUGGGGUGUACCGAACGGUCAUUGGGAUGCAUAAAUCAUUCCCCAACGUUCUCUAACAUUGUAACAUCGUCAUUCCCAGUUCUGUCGUUGAUGCAGUGAAUUUCCAAAUGUCAGGAUUUUAGUGAUAACCAGGUUCUGUAAAUCGUGCAUCCACUUUCCUGGCCCAGUCACUGGCUGAUGAAACACACAGCAAAACCGGUGAUUUAUCCAACAACUGGUACUUGUUUGUUAUCCUUGACACGGAGGGUCAUCGCCUCCCCUUUCAGUCUUGCUGGUAGAUGGAGAUUCACCUUGGAGACUCCUGUAACCAUCCUGUGGACUGACUUGUGAAGGCCAUCAGACUGUCAGUGGAGCAGAAUGUACCUCUUGUCCCAGAACGUCAGAGACUCAGUGAACUGGGUCAACAUGAGGUGGUGAAUUUUUUUUAUUUUUUUUUGGGGGGGGGGGGGCACGGGGAUUCUUCUUUUCAGGGGCAUCUAGCUAUGAGGAAUGUACUGUUAAGACACUCAACUCAACAAACUAAAGCCACUGGAUCCCUUUGUGGAAGUAUCACUACAGCUGUCCCUAGAAGUAUUGGUUGAUAUCUGAAGAAGAUGGUAGAAGUACCAGAAAAAAAUGGAAAACACAACCAAUUCAACUGUUCACUUGGGCAUGGAUGUGUAUGUAUAUUAUUAGUACUAAUUGUGAGUUGAGCGAGUGCUAGAGGAGUGUACAUAUAAGAAUUCUGUCUCGUAAAUCAGUGGUUUUAAUCCAUGCUCCACAAGGCCCAACAGAUGGCUCAGCUACUGACUUUAAACAGUCAGAUGUUGGACUGUCAAAAUCUCCUACCACCAGACUUAGGUGGAAGCGAGGAUGUGAUUUUGUUGAACAGCCUGAGGGGCAUCAGUCUAUAAACUCAGCCUCUGACUUCAAGAGGUGCUAAAGUAUAUUAAGUGUUGAACCAGUCUGGCUUUCACUGGAGAGUUGUAGUGUCCUAUCGUGGCUUAGCUGCUUUUUCACUCUGCUUUCUCACCCUGACAUGGAUAAAAAUCUCUGGAAAACAUACAUAAAGAUGUUAAUUAUCCACAUAAAAUACUGUAACUCCAAUCUGCAGCUUUGACUUAAAUUUUUUUGUCAGUAUCAGCCUUAAAAGACAUCUUGCCUAUCAGAUUGUAUCAGUAGUUUGUAGGUUUUAAUUCCAACUCUGCUGGUGUUAGAUGAUUAGUAAGGCGCUGAUUAGAGAUGAGGAACACAAGUAAACUGAGCUGCUGUGGAGUUUCCUCACUUAGAGCGACUGUCAAGUCAUUUAGAUCACAGGUUAGAUCUUUUACAAGGAUCGCAAAGGGCAGUACACUCUGGAGAAGCAGAGGUGCCACCAUGAGACCAAAAGUUUUAAUCAGGAUCUUGUUAUAAUGACAAAGAUAUCUAAACUGACAUCAGGAGUCUCUAUGUAUCCUUCUAAAUAAAAGGAGUGUGCAGUUAAAUUUAUUCCACUUAUAACUGGAAUAAAAGUUCAAUCAAAUCAAAAAAUCCAACUCUUUGGUUUAAAGCUGUUGUAGUCCCAUUAAAGGAUGGAAAUUUGUCACGUCAAAACUCGUUUCAGUUACUCUCUAUUUACUUUCUGCACUUCUGUGAGUUAAGUCAAAGAUGUUUUGAUGAAUUCACAGAUGCGCCACUCUCUCUUUUUUUCUUCACCAAAAAAUGACAGCAGUAGUUGUUCAGUCACUUAAAACAACCUAUGUUGCUCUUUUCCAGACUAGCCACCUCCUGUGGGCAUGUGAAUAACGACUGCUUUCUCUGAGAAGCAAAGGUUAAAGAAGCAUGAUGUUGUUAGAGUGUCAUAAAACCUCAGAGAGAGGUCAAGGUAGACUGUUUAGAGCCAGAAUUUGACACUGGAGACCACCGGCCUCUGACUGUUUGACUUAUCACAGGAUAAGUGGCAAUUUGACCUGGUAGGGGAAAUAGACUCAAAGGUCACAGGGUCACCAAAAUAAUUAAAAUCCAUCCUCCGAGGACCAUGAAUUUCUGUACCAGGUUUCGUGGCAAUCCCUGCAAUAGCUGUUGAGAUAUUUAAGACGAGACCCAAGUGGUGGACCAACCGACCGAAAUUGCCAUUGACAGACCACAAUGCUAGUGUGGCUAAAAGUAUCUUUGAGCACUUUGGGCACUCUGUACAAAACUUCUCUCAUCAUAACAAGAUUUUAUUUCUCCUUACAAAGAGAUUCUUUGUCAUGAUAACAAGAUUCUUGGUCUUUUUUCUUCAUUACAAGAUCUUUUUUUGUUGUUACAAUGAGAUGAUGUCAUCAUAACAAAAUACGUUUCUCAUUUGUUGUGUGUUUGUAACUGGUGGCAGUUCUGUGGUGCCAUGGAAAACCGCUCUGGAUGGACCGAUACCUAAGGCACGUUGUACUUGUGGCCUCUCCUCAGAGCAGCUGUGCAGUGCAGCAGUAGAUUUUCCUGUCCCCUGUGAUUCACUGUUGAUUUUUUUCAAAUCACUGAUGUGGUUUCACAGCAGGUCUUAAGUGUUGAUAUGAAGCUCAGCGCUGCACUAUCUGCGCUCUGAAAGGAGAGACGGACCACGACAGUUCUAAGUGACAAGGAUUCAUGGGUUGCAUUCACCAAGACGCUGUGAAUUAGUUAUACACUGUUAGUCAUCACAUUGGAAAUUGCUAGAAGUCGUCACUGUACGAGCAAUAAAAACGUUCACCAUUUUUCCUUGUGGUAAUUCCUCUACCUAAGCUCGAGAAAACCUCACUGGCUUACGCUCUGCUGCCUGCACUAAAGGUUCCUCUGAGUCGGAUGUUUCCCUACCCUGAUGAUUAAAGCAAGCAGAAGUUCAGCUCUGCUCUCCCAUAAUCUGUCUAACUAUAGGGCCCUCCAUGAAUCUGCACUGUGUGUCUAUGUACACAAAAAAGCUUUUUCUUUUUCUCUGUAAGCAAUAAUGACGUUGCAUUAAAAGGCUCUCUGAGGGUUUGUCUUCUGCUGAAGGAUGCAACAAAAUGCUAGUUCUGUCAGCCAUACUUGAAAGGUCACAGAGCAUAAAUGCUGAGUUCCCGAAUUCAAUUUCCCAUUCAUUUUUCCCAUAGAGAAUAGGAUUAUGAGUCAUAACCUGCUGCCAGUGGUAAGGUUCACUGAACACACUCCUACACCUCCCGCAAGAAGUCAUCAGUCAGUCCGAUUUCACCUUCUCCCCGUGAAAUAUGAGACUUUUCUAGAUCACGUCACUAAAUGUGUGGCCAGCUAGGUUUUAGUUCAAUUGCUAACCUUAAAUGAUUUUCACAAACAUGGAAAAAUGAAUGUGAAGCUUUUGUCUUUAAAAAGGAGCCUCGAUAUAGUAGGCAGGACAUGUCAGUUGUAUUGGCAUUCCUCAGCAGUUUGGAACAUCUGUGUACAUUUGAAAAGGUUGCCUGGAGUUUGGACUUCUUGGACCUAUGCACUCUGUUCAAAUGUAGGCCAGUGGCAAAUGUGGAUGGGCGGAGGGGGGGGGUAUGAUCACUGAGGGCUGUGAUUGGUUCAAGCCAGCAGCCCUCUCCUUCUUGUCCUCCAGGCUCGAAGACAAACCCCAUGAUUGACUCUUAUUCAACAUGAAGGAUAGGUUAACAAAAAUAAAAAAAAUUUAAAAACGGUAUAACACGUUGAGCACCCGUAUUAUCUGUGUUCCUGUAGUAUAUAAAAAUGUGUAUUGUAACUGGUGACUAAUUAUCAUGUAUAUAAAGAUUAGACCAAG